AAACUGAAACUCUUCCACAGGUGUUUGUUUUAUUUUGAAAACACUCACAAGCACAAGUGUCGCGGUUGCCGCCCGGCCGGACUCAGGAGGCGUUUGGGCGAAAAGAAGCUGAAAACACCCUGACAAGCAGAUCACACAGGAUCCGGCGUCAGUCAAACCGCAUGGUGACCUAACAGAGAGAUGGGCUGUGCAGGAAUGUGUUGUGACAACCUAGAGGAACCCCCGGCCUUGAUGAAGAUCGGUCUGAGCGUGAUCCUCGUCGGUCAUGUUAACUUCCUGCUGGGAGCGCUGGUGCACGGCAUCGUGCUCAGGCAAAUCAACCUGCACGAUAAGACCCGAGGCAUGGGGUAUGCCAUCUCCAACGUGGUCACUCUAAUCUCCGGGAUGUUGGGUGUCAUUGUUGGGAUUCUAGCUAUUAUCCUGUCGAAAAACAAGAAGAGCAAACACCUGACGUGGUCCUUAUUCUCCAUCAGUCUGGUUUCAUCACUCAUGGCAGGAGGUUCCACCAUUGGCCUCUUCGCGUCCGUAGUGAAUACCAUUGUUAACGGUGGACGGAUGCUCCUGACCCACUGCCGCUUUCCCGAUGCCAUUGACUUCUCCAGCAUUACCAACAAGUGCCCCUUUGACCCCACCCGUGUCUACAGUACCACUAUGACCCUUUGGAUUGGUCUGAUUCUAUCAUGUAGCAUUCAGAUGGUGUUUUCUGCCCGUUGCCUCGCCGCCUGUGUUUCCUUCUUGGGACUGCCUGGUUGCCCCAACAGAAUGAGACUCACCAGACCAAUCAAUGUGAUGAAACCAGCAAUAGAAACUUCCCAACCUCACUACUCUGAGCCCCUAAGAAGGCACCAUGACACUUCACGAGUGUACACUGAACCUCCUAUGCUGCCUAGACGUCAUACUGAACGUGGAAGACUGCAAGAUGAACGUUCAAGACGGCAAGAUGAACAUUCACGACUUUACACUAACCCUCCGGGAAACCACAAUAAACCAAACAAACCUUAUACGCUGCCCCCAAGAAGCAACUAUAAACCAUCAAGGCACACCACUGCGCCCCCAAGACUGGAGCACCAAGCUCCUCCGUGGCAUCUCCCUCGCCACAGCCAGUGUCUUCCCACCUCAGAGAGGCGGCCUCUUCAGCAGUCUGACAGAGAAUUGCCAGACAUAAAACGUAAAGAAACGAGUGGCAAUCAACAAAGGGGACGUGAGAAGCAACACGACCUGAUGAGGGGUACAGCCAACAGGUCCAGCUUCUGGAUCUAGUUGCAUUUCAAAUGCAAAAUCUUCUUGAAGUACACACUUUGUUUGUUACUGCAGUAGCCUUCAAAGAGUCCAGGAUCAAAGAUGUCUCAGUGUGUCUGUAGUAAAUCAGCUAUCAAAAGCUUUAUCCUUGGAGAAUGGAACCUUUUAUAUUUUAUUGGGCAUGUCGAGCAGUUUUUCGAAGUUGAAAAGGUUUCAGACAGUAAAGCCUCUAAGCUAACGUUAGAUGUUAGCAAGCUAGUUCUCUUUCAAAGGAAGAACAUAACCAGCAACAUAUUUGUUUUUAUCAUGGAAACAUUUUCUGAAGUUUAUUUAAAGUUGUACCAAAUGCUGUUAAAAAAUGGCUGAGCUGUACUCAACUAAACUUAGCUUAACAAGACGCACAAAAAGCUAGUCUGGCUAAGGUCUGCAAAAAAUGGAGAAAUAUGUUAUUUUCCUUGAUGUGGGAAGAACCUGAGCAAAGUUCUGUCUGGUGAAGACUUUUUUGGUGCAAAACUCCUUAUGUCAAGAACAACCUGCCAGAACUCCAGAACCAGGACCUGGGUCUUCAGGAAGCUCUGGGAGAGGGAAUACAUUUUCUGCUCUGGAGGACCAUGUACAGACCCAAUAAAAACGGUCUUACAGCACCAAAGUUAAAGCGAUUAAAGCACUUUAUUAAUAGUUGUAUGUAACUUUUUGCUGUCCUAAGCAUAAACGGCCAACGUAUAACUUGUACUUUCUUACCAUGAAUUAAAAUUGUAAAAGCCUUUCUAUGUCUGCUUUAAACAAACUGAGCAAAUGGUAGGCUCCAACUCCGAUAAUGGAGGCUUUAGUAGAUAGUAAAUCUUAAAAAAAAACAAAAUUUGUUCACUUACCCAGGGCUGUGAGAACAAAACAUCAUUCUGUUCUUGCGGCUUGUUCUCAACACAUUUUCUGAGCAUAACGUUUUUCUUGUGUGGCGUCAACAACUGUUGUGUGAUUGGUCGGAUACUGGAAGUGGAUGUGAAUACUAUGCUGGCAAAUGCUACUAGUGGAAGGACCAAUGAGGAAUUACUAAGAGUUCUGUACUUGAGAUCUUGUAAAUGUCCUUACUAGAAAGCAAGCUUUGUUCUUGAUCUUGCCAGCUUGAGUAAAAGAACAAAUUUCUCUAUUCAUGCAGAGCAUGUACAGGUGUUACAACAAGCAACAUUUGAUUUUUAUUUUUACAUCACAGAAGCAUUGUCUAGUUUUAUGUUGUGUUUAUUGCUUUUUGAUGCUUGACAUAUGAUAGCUGAGCUAUUCAGCAUAACUGGAUACACAAACAGUCAGACUAAGUCAAAACGGAAAGAAAGUCUGCCUGAUAGCAGUGCUGAACCAUACUUGUGAACAUACUUGAGUGUUUUCUAACUUUUAUUUGUGUUGUCUCAGGCAUACAUGUUUUAAAUGAGUAGUGUUGUGCUGUUUGGCUACCACUGUCUCAUUGAGUGUUAUGUGAACAGCCUAUAUUCUCACCAAUGUUAUUCCCAAAUAUAAUGAAUGUUUUUUCCAUAACAUUUGAGCUUAUAAACAAGCACUGAAACAUGACUUUCCAAAUAUGUGUUAAUUACACUUUUAAACCAAAAUAACUUGUACUUUCUGUUGCUUGUGAGAUUUAGGUGAUUUAAUAUUUGUAUGUUUAUUAUUUCUGCUCUUUCAUCAAUUAAAAGCAAUACUGCAAGUGUUGAAUAUUUA